UGCUCCCACACCAUUUCUUACCACACAAAUUUGUUGAAAUGGGGCAUUUCUCCACUAUUAGUCCCGAGUCAAAAUAAUUUGUGUAAGUAACACAAAAAGAAUAACAAGAGGAGCAGAGAGAUGGGUAUAAAUUGCUUAAGAGCAGUGCCCAAAAUUCCACCUUCAGCAAAGCACAAAAUCAUCAUCUCACACUCAUUCUCACACUCUCUCUUAUUUACCAAAAGGUCCUCUAGGGCAAUACACGCAGCAGCAGCAUCUUCUUCAAUGUCUUACGAAAAGGAACUCGCUGCUGCCAAAAAGGCUGCCUCUCUCGCUGCUCUCCUCUGCCAGAAGGUACAAAAGGCACUGUUGCAGUCAGACAUUCAUUCCAAAUCAGAUAAAAGUCCAGUCACUGUGGCAGAUUACGGUUCACAGGCUCUUGUUAGUUUGGUACUGGAAAGGGAACUUCCUUCUGAAUCAUUCUCGCUAGUGGCUGAGGAGGACUCGGGAGAUCUUCGUGGUAACAGUGGCCAGGAGACACUACAGCGCAUCAGAACACUUGUUAAUGAUACUCUUGCAAACAAUGAAUAUUCUAGCGUUUCUAAUUUAACCACUGAUGAUGUUCUUAGGGCUAUUGACAAUGGGAAAUCUGAAGGUGGUUCUAGGGGCCAGCACUGGGUUUUAGAUCCCAUAGAUGGUACCAAAGGGUUUCUUAGAGGAGAUCAAUACGCCAUAGCAUUGGCAUUGCUGGAUGAAGGAAAAGUUGUGUUGGGUGUCCUGGCCUGUCCGAAUCUUCCUCUGACAUCCAUUAGUGGUGAAAAUCAGCAGUCUUCACAAGAUAAACUUGGCUGUCUUUUCUUUGCUACAGUUGGUACAGGAACAUAUAUGCAGCCACUGGAUGGUUCUUCCCUGCUAAAGGUACACGUCAGCGCUACUGAGAAUCCUGAAGAAGCUUCAUUGUUUGAAUCUUUUGAAGCGGCACACUCCUUGCAUGACUUGUCUAGCACCAUUGCUAAGAAACUUGGCUUCAAAGCCCCGCCAGUUAGAAUUGACAGCCAGGCAAAGUAUGGGGCACUUUCCAGAGGAGAUGGAGCGAUAUAUCUUCGUUUCCCUCAUAAAGGAUAUCGUGAGAAAAUAUGGGAUCAUGCUGCUGGGUGCAUUGUCGUGACUGAAGCUGGGGGUGUGGUGGCAGAUGCUGCAGGGAACCCAUUGGAUUUUUCAAAAGGGAAAUAUCUUGAUCUUGAAACAGGCAUAAUUGUUACCAAUCAGAAAUUGAUGCCAUUACUCUUGAAGGCAGUUAAAGAAUCUCUGGAAGAGAGAGCUUCAUCCUUGUGAUUCUUUUUCAGAGCGGGACUCGGAUUUUUAUAUUAUCACAGUUUCAGCCACAAUAAUAAUUGGAGAGUCACCAAUUAAAUAACAGUUAAUCUUUUUUAAGAUAAUGAUAAUAAUAAUAAUGAUGAUUAUAAUAGUUAAUCCUAAGCCCCUGUUUGGUUCA